AUGCCCAUGAUGGACUGGCAUUACAAGCCACUUGCCGAAUCUUUCAAAGCAUUUAAAGCUAGAAUGAAUCUUUUCCUUGAAGAUAAUGAAGUCACAUCAAAUGCCAAAAAAGCUGUAAAAAUAUGUAUUGCUAUAGGAGACGAAGGAAUGAGACGUGUGCUAAAUUCUGGACUCACUGAAGAAGACAGAAAAAAUCCAGAUGAAAUCUGGAACCUUCUUGAAAGCCAGGUUGACGCCACUGUCAAAAUAAGCUAUCGUGUGCACAGAUUAGAAUUUGCACAACUACGACAAAAGCCGGAGGAAACUAUAACCGAAUUUAUAACAAGAAUGCGGGACAAAGCUUCUAGGUGUGAAUUCACAGUUGAUGAAUUAAAUGAACGCCUGAUAGAAUUAAUAAUAUUGUCGACGCCAAUAAAUGAUUUUCGCAAGGAAUUAUUGUCUAAACCUAAAGGUCAUUCGAUUAAAGAUGUUCUUGAAAAAGGAAGAGAAUACGAAGCUGUACAAUCAUCUCAAACAUCAAUCUCAAGGAUGGCGACGUCAGAAACUAGAUUGGACAGAAUAAGGUUUGGGUCGAAAGGUUGCUUUCGCUGUGGAUUAAAGCAUCAACCACGGGAUUGCCCUGCUUAUAAUGACAUAUGUAAUGCAUGUGGAGAAAAAGGCCAUUGGAAGAAAAUGUGCCGCAAUAAAUCACAGCAUACAAAUCGAUUUGUUAAACAUAACAAAAAUAAAAGUGUAAGUCAUCACUACCAGAAGUCGUCAAAACAACGCUGGAAGCGAGAUUACACAAAUAAACAAGACGAAUUAAAAUUGCAGUGCAAUGAUGACAACAAUGAUGAUUGCCAAACAAAUCAAUUCAGUCACAUCAAAAUAAGUGAUUUAUCCUUUGAAAAAUUGAAUUCAAAUGAAGCAUAUACAACAAUGCAACUUCUGUAUGAUAACCCAUAUGUUGAAGGGCCGCUGAGAUUGAAAGUUGAUACAGGUGCUGGUGGAAAUACUUUGCCUAUGAGAGUAUAUAAACGAAUGUUUGGAACACGUCCUACCAGACAAGUUUUGACACCAGAACCAAAGGUGAAACUUUCGGGAUAUUCUGGCGCAAACAUAAAGUGCCAUGGGUCGAUACUACUGAAAAUCAGAAAAGCAAAGCAAGACGCUUAUAGAAAACAAAAAUUCUAUGUUGUUGAUGUAUCAGGACCAGCAAUAUUAGGCCUUCCAACAUGCAAGAUGUUCGAUCUUAAACCAUCGAGCAAAAAUAUGCUGAUGCAGACAAAAAUUAACACAGUUGAAGAUUUGAAGCUAGUGUAUCCUGAUUGCUUUGAUAAAAUUGGAUGUUUCCAUGGGGAAGAAAAAUUGCAUUUAAAAAAAGAUGCUGAACCAUUUAUUGAUCCUCCAAGAAGAGUGCCAAUACAUCUGCGUGACAAAAUAAAAGCAGAACUUGAUAAAAUGGAAAAGAUGGGAAUCAUCAGAAAAGUCACCCAGUACACAGACUGGUGUUCAUCACUCACUUAUGCAGUGAAACAAGAUGGAAGUCUUAGAAUGUGUUUAGACCCCAGAAAGCUUAACCAGGCUUUAAAAAGAUUUCCACACAAAAUUCCAACAAUAGAGGAAGUUACUCCUGAAUUCACAAAAUCCAAAUAUUUCACAAAACUGGAUGCAAAAGCUGGAUACUGGAGCAUCAAACUUGCACCUACUUCACAAAAAUUAACAACAUUUAGAACUAUGUGUGGACGAUUUUGCUUUCUUCGACUACCAUUUGGUUUGAAUGUAAGCCAAGAUUUAUUCCAGAAAAGAAUGGAUGCAAUAAUUGAACAAUGUGAAGGAUGUGUUGGAAUAUCUGAUGAUAUUGUUAUUCACGGUUCAACUGAGGCCGAACAUGACAAACGAUUAGCGCACUUCAUGGAAGUGGCACGAAAAGAAGGUCUGAUAAUAUACACCGAUAAAGGAGUGUUUUCAGAUCCUAAAAAAGUAGAGGACAUUAUAGAAAUGCCAACUCCACGAGAUAAACAAGAGCUACAAAAAUUCAUGGGAAUGGCAACAUUUCUGGCAUGUCAUUUGCCGAAUUUAUCUGAGAAAUCUGCAAUACUCAGAGACUUAUUGAAGAAAGAUAUUUCAUUUCAAUGGGAUAGAGAUCAUCAAAAAGUAUUUGAUGAAGUAAAAGAAAUGGUCGCGUCGAACUUUGGAUUGCAAUACUAUGAUCCAAAAUUGCCAGUGAAUUUGGAAGCUGAUGGAUCCAUGAGAGGACUUGGAGCAGCACUUGUACAGAAGCAUGGAGCUGUAGCAUUUGCAAGUAAAUCCUUGUCAAAUACUCAAUCUAAUUACAGCAAUAUUGAACGAGAAUGCUUAGCAGUGGUUCAUGGUAUCCAGAGAUUUCACCACUAUCUUUAUGGCAAAGAUUUUACUGUAAUAACUGACCAUAAGCCAUUGGAAAUGAUUUUUAAAAAGCCAAUUCAUUCUGCACCACCAAGACUGCAAAGGAUGAUAACGAAAAUCCAAGGAUAUGAUUUUGUGGUAAAAUAUCGUCCAGGUAAAGAGAUGAUACUUGCAGAUACGCUAUCAAGGUUGCCAAACACUAAAAAAAGUGAUGAUAUUGAACUUGACAGCAGAAUAGAGAGUAUCAUAUGCGAAUCUUUAAAUGUGGAAAUUGAUAUGUUGAAUUUUUCAUUUAACAAGCAAGCUCAGAUCCGAGAAGAAACUCUUUGUGAUCCUGUUUUAAAAUCCUUAUGUCAGAUGAUUUAUGAAGGAUGGCCUGAUGAGAUAAAAGAAGUACCAAGUGCAUUAAGAGACUUUUGGAACUUCAGAGAUGAAUUAGCCAUUGAAAAUGGUAUUAUAUUUAAGGGUAAGCAAGUACUUAUUCCAGAACCUAUCCGAUUGUCAAUUUUGCAACAAUUGCACCAUGGUCAUCAAGGUAUUGAGAAAACUCGUAGACUUGCACGAGAUUGCGUAUAUUGGCCAAGAAUAUAUAAAGAUAUUGAAAAUAUUUGCAAGUCAUGUGAAUAUUGUCAAGAACUACAACCACAGCAAACAAAAGAACCAAUGAUCAUGCACGAACGACCAUCACAUCCAUGGGUCAAGCUUGGUUCGGACUUGUUCGAAAUCCAAGGUAGAAACUUCUUGAUAAUUUCUGAUUACUACAGCAGGUACCCUGUUGUAAAAGAAUUAAAUUCAAUGACAGCAGAAUAUGUGGUUUCCAAAACCAAAGAAAUAUUGUCCAUGUUUGGAACUGUGAGAGAGAUUGUGACAGACAAUGGACCGUGUUUUUUAAGCAAAUAUGAUAAAUUUUGUGAAGCGUGGGGAAUUACUCAUACAACCAGUACAGCUAGACACCCACAGAGCAAUGGUUUUAUCGAACGACAAAUUCGAUAUAUUAAACCCAUUAUGAAAAAGUGUAUCAAAUCCGGAGGAGAUAUAGAUGCAGCACUUUUAAAUGUCCGUGCAACACCGAUUGACAAUGUAUUACCAAGCCCAGCAGAACUUCUGUUUGGAAGAGGAAUUUCUACAUUAUUGCCUUGUCAUUCAGACAAUACUGUUCCACAAAUUUACAAAGACAGAGUGAAACAUAAUACCGAUGUACAAAAGCAAUAUGCUGAUCAACACACAAAAAAUUUACCGCCUUUUCACAAUGGACAAGAUGUGAGAGUGUUUGAUAAAGCAAAAGAUAUGUGGAUUCCUGCAAAAGUGAUUUCAAAGAAGAAUGAUCGUUCAUACAACAUCGAAAUGAGCAAUGGAAAUCAGCUGAAACGCAACAGAAUUCAUUUGCGUGAAAGCUUGCCAGCUUCACCAUAUGUGGAAUCUUCGAGCACAACCAAUGUUGAGAACAAUACACCAGCAACACCUUUGAUGGAAAGAGAGGAGAAUGUAUUCAAAUGGACCUCGCCUAAACCAUCAAAUACUAAAGAACGUUCAAACUCGACCAACAAACAAGAGAUUGCUGAUAAGCCACACAGCAGUAAUCAGUCUGAGGGAAGUUUAAAAAUUCCAGCCCAGACCCCGAUCAAGCAAGAACCGACAAUAACACGGUCUGGAAGAACAGUCAAAGUUCCUCAAAGAUACCAGCAUUAA